GACCCCGCCUCCUUCUUGUGUCCCUCAGCAGCGCAGCCCAGAAUGGCGGCUCUUUUGGAAUCUGUUUUGUUGCGGAAAGUGGACGUGGAUAAGGUUGUUGACUGGCUGAAAAGCGUUCAGGAGGGUGAAAAGCUGUCGUUCAGUGAGCCUCAGCUGGCCAUUCAGAAACAAGAGUUUGUCCCUUUCCUCUUAAACUUCCUGCGAGAGCAGAGCAGCGACGCUCUGACUAAUGGUCCUGCAACACCAGCCAAGACCCCUAGCUGCCCCAGACCCCCCGCACAGACUCCAGGCUUCUCUGACAAGACAUCGUGCAGGUCUGCAGGGAGUGGACUUGGAUCUCGCGGUGGCAGUCGCGUGCAGCUGUUCUCUCCCGCCGCCUCUGCGUCACCUGGAAGUGAGUCGGAUGCUGUUGGUCAGUCAGGAGUAAGUGGAGUCAGUGCCUUCUGCAGCCCCCCCUGGUCUACAGGGUGGAGUCCUGCCUCAAGAUCGUCGGGCUCUGAGCGCAAGCAUGCCCAGAAAGUUUGCCUCGGUGACUACAUGGUUUCUCCCCCGGAGUUGCAGAGCAGCACCAGCUCCCAGACACACAAAGGACGCAAGAAGAGUGCUGGCAGCACGCUGGUCAGUGGCCAAACAAGACACGGAGGCGGGCGUGGAGGCCCUCAGAGCGAUGAGCCUGGUGGGAGGCGAUCAGCAAGAGGCGGAGGGCAUGGCAGGAUGAGCGAGCAGGUUUCACCUUCGACUCCAGCUCAUCUCAACUUCAACAACUUGGAAGACUUCCCUCCGGUCGGGUCGUGUCCCGUUUCCUCCGGGACGUCCAAGCCGUCCAGAAGAAUAAACCCGACACCGGUCAGCGCAGACCGGCCUCACUCUAAGCCAAAGACGUGCUUCACAUCCACACCUCUCCAGAAGGCUUCCAGCCCUCCGCUGGGAGCGGAGCCACUUGAGGGAUUGGGAUUGACAGCAGUAGGGAGUCCUAUGAGCCUGAAGGAGGAGAGAGAAUUACUCAAAAGGGAAAAGACAAAGCUUGCCCAGCAGGCCGCCUCCCUCUCUCCCUUCUCUUUGGAUCCCUGUACUCCCACCAAGACAGGAAGUGGGGCAGAAUCCAAAGUCACCCCUGACCCCCAGACGAUGUGUCCUGAACCAUGCAGAGUCACCUUCUCCUCAGACCUGGAUGUUUUGGCUGAGCUGUACUGCACCUGCAUUUCAGAAAACCUCGUGCCAAACGUUUACCUGGAGCUUUUCUUUGUGAUGCAGUUGUUAACAUCCCGGUCUCUUCACACACAUAACGAUGAAGAGCAGUUGAGUUUGUGUUCGGUAAAUUCAGAUGUCCUGGAAAGAUGCUACCUGAGACAAGUACACAAUUGUGUGUACUUUGCGGUGAAAGUUUUGGAGAAUCAAUUUCAGUUGGUCGCUCAUUUGGACAAGUGCACCUUACGUCUGCUGGCGGAGAACGAACGGGUCGCCUCUUUCUCUCCAGAUCUUAAAGACCGCCUCUCUCAGGCUCAGAACAGAAGCACAGCCAAGCUCUCUCCCUCAGCGUCUACCUUUAUCCACUCAGUCCCGUUCCAGCCUGCUACUGACAAUCGCUCCAAUUUCGGAAGCGACAAGGCCUUCCACCCCCUUAAAAAAAAAAGAGACAUUUUUUACGAAGCGCUUCGAGAAUGGGAGGACCUUCAUAAGGAGCCGGGCUGGAACUUUGAUGCCGCACUUGGAACCAAAAUCAGAGGAAUGAUGAGCCAACUGACUUCUGCCGGAAAUCACUCUCACUUUGCUCGUCUGUUUUUGAAACAGCUUGUUCAGAUGUGCAAAGGCCCCCGUACGAGCACCCUGUCAGUAGAUACAACCGACGCUGACCUGCUGGGCAUGCUGGGAGCCGACAGCCUGGGUCGUCUCAAGCGCCUGGAGGAGCGUCUCAUUCAGCCUCACAGAGUUGUCGGCCCCUGUCCUCCUCCGUCCUUUCCUGGUCACCAGGAGUUCUUCAGGGACUUCAUACAGACGGCCAGCUGCUGCCAGAUGAACCAGCACCUCCAGGACAGCCUGUGCCAGCAGCUCCUCCAUCUGGACGAGGUGUCCAUCCUGCGUCCGUCUGCGUCCGUUGGGGAGGGAGAGGAGGAAGAGGACGGCGAUAUGGAGCAACAGGAUGAGAAGCAGCGGUUUUCCUCUGUGCUGCUCCUCGCUCGUCUGCUGGCAAAGUUCCUGGGAUUCAUCUCCUUCCUCCCGUACCAAACAUCGGAGAAACCCUCCAGAGAAAUACAGGAAGCAUCUGUAGCCUUACGCAGCAAGGUCGUGAAAAUCAUGCCUGUAAUUUUCAACAUGCCAAAAAUAAGCUUUGAAAUAAUCCUUCACCUCACUGCUGAACUGGAAGUCAUCUUCAGCACGGUUAUGCGGCUGCAGCUGAACCGACACGAAGAAAUGUGUUACCUAAACAAGCUGCUGCUGGUGUCGGUGUUGGGAUGGCUCUUCCAGAUCCCAGUGAUUCCUGAGGACAUUUUCUUCACCAGUGAGUUUACUGCGCUAGUCAAGGACGAGGGCAGCGCUACAGGUUCUGCUGGACUUGACUGCAUUCCGCUGGUCGAUCAGCAACUUCUUUAUACAUGUUGUCCAUUUCUUGGUGAGUUUCGUAAGCUCCUGGCAGCUUUCGUGUCGGGCAGCGCGGCCAAGAGCGGAGGAAUUAUCCGCAAGAUUACCCCCACUUCUGCCGAGCUCAAGGGCACGCCGACCGCCAACCGAUCGCAGCAGAAACUGCAGGUGGACCUGGAGCAGGCCUUCUUCCACAACCAGCCUCCGUCGCUGCGCCGCACAGUGGAGUUUGUGGCCGAGAGGGUCGGAUCCAACGCUGUCAAGCACAUAAAGGCUACAUUAGUGCAAGAGUUGGUUCAGAGAGGAGAGAAUUUGCUGAGAGACGGACUGCAGUCGUCAAACGCAAAUUCUUCUAAGCUCAACGACUCCAUAUGUGCUCAGCUGUGUGACGUUGGCUUGGAAGCUCUUGCAAAAGCCACCAGAUUUUGCGAUGAGAAGAGCCCCGACGCCAUACGUAUACUCCUCCCUGUUGAAACCACGCCACCGGUCCUGACUACGUCCGAAAACAUCACCAAACGCCUGGCUGCCGAGAAAGCCUGCAGCUGGCUUUCUGCCAACAUUACAGCACUGAUCAGGCGGGAGUGGAAGAGCAGGUAUGACCGCGUGAAAAAGGCUCUUUGCGGUCCAUUGGCUGUGGACGCGGACAGCGCUGUGGUUGAGCUGGUCAGGCAGGGCCAGAUGAAUACUCCCAGGAAGAAACAAGAGAGAGCGAUGUCCUGCCCUCCGCUUUGUAAACACAACGCUUCCCUCCCCUCAGACGUCCUCAUCGAGAUUAAGGAGAUGCUGAGCGUCGCGGCGGGACCCAGAGCGGACGAGGAGCUGCCGACCGGCCCGCAGCUCACAACACUUCUUCAAAGAGUGGCGAACACAUUAGAGUGCAGAAAGUUCCUAACGGCCGUGUCGGAGCAGAUGCUUCAGAACUGUACCGUGCUGCUCGCCUGCAAACUGGUGUCUGGAGAGCUGCCGGUGCGUUCUUCGUCACGGCGUGGCGGGGUUGCUGUGGAUCCCGGCGCCGGGUCGGAGCCCUCGGUGUCAGACGUUCUGGUGCAGCUUGCUGAGCUGUGGGAGAGGGGCUGCUGCUCCUCUGCCCCGCUCCAUCAGCUCUUCACCCCGCUCACAGUGGCCGCUGUGCUAAAGGCCAGCGACACAGAGAAGAAGAACUACCUGUUCCUCGUUAGAAAGCUGGUCGACAAAGGAAUAUUGAACGAGGAAGAAGUCAAAUCGUAUUGGAGGAAGCUAACAGACCUGACCUUGCCAGCGGAGCUGAUCGAGAACUUCCAGCUGCAGUCGCAGAGCAUAAAGCUCUCGCUCCCUCUUGCCGAGAUGCAAUCGUGCUUAGACAUGCUGCAGGUCUCGCACCAGACAAUAGAGGGAGCAACCUGACAACAAUAACACGCAGUAUAUUCCACAAACAACUUGUAUGUUUUCACCACAGUGUCUUAUGCCAAGUCCGUGCAUGUUUUCUCCAAGACCGUAAUUUUUUUUUUUUUUGUUUCCACUUUAGCCUUUUAACAUAUGACCUUAUGAAAUUAUAUGCGAAGAUUCAAGUAACAAACAGAAAUCCCUGUGAGUUAAUGCCAGUUUUGAUGAAACGCGCAAUUUUUCCAUUUAAAAUUUUAGAAGGACACCAUCAGAUGAAGCUUAAUCGGACUUUUAUGUCUUUGGGACUAAUACUAGACCAAGAAUAGUAAUGGUAAACAAAGAUGAUUAUUUUAUCACACAAAAGAGUUUUGCAACUUAGAUGAUUGUUUAAAAAAAAAGAAAUCUGAAGGAUAUCAGGUCAAGCUGAAAAGUACAAAUAUUACAGGUUUUUAAAUGCAAAUGCAGUUUGAGACAGUAAGUAGCCUAGCACUUUCACGUAUUGCCUUUGACCACAUAACUAGUGGUUACAAGUUAAUUUCAUGAAUGCAUUUACCCCGCGUUUGUGAUUGCUAUUGUUCAUGUUGAACGGCCGGCGAUGUAUUCCGAGAAUCUUUUAAACUGAAAGGUUUAAUGUUGGCACAGAAUGGAAAAAAAAUAUGAAUAAAGAUGUAUUCCAGUGUGCAGCAGCUGUAA